GGGCUCCCAGGUCGACUCACCUUGUGGUUGGCUGCGGCGGGAGGUGGGCGGGACUUUUGGAGGGUCGCUCGCGUCUGUUCUCAGGGCUGUGGGCGGAGUUGAGGCCUUGGAGGCUGAGAUGUGGUUCUGCGCGUGCGCGGACGGCUGCCUGUUAACUCCGGCGGUCGGUUCCGGGACUGGUGGCUGAUCUGUGGGGUUGAGCUGCGCAAUGCAGAGGCUGCAGGUAGUGCUGGGCCACCUGACAGGCCGGCCGGGUUCCGGCUGGAUGCCGCAGGCUGCGCUUUGCCUGAGCGGCUCCCCGCAGGCCUCUGCCGCGGACGUGGUGGUGGUGCACGGGCGGCGCACGGCCAUCUGUCGGGCAGGCCGCGGCGGCUUCAAGGACACCACCCCCGACGAGCUUCUCUCGGCCGUCAUGACCGCGGUUCUCAAGGACGUGAAUCUGAGGCCGGAAGAGCUGGGGGACAUCUGUGUCGGAAAUGUGCUGCAGCCUGGGGCCGGGGCAAUCAUGGCCCGAAUCGCCCAGUUUCUGAGUGACAUCCCGGAGACUGUGCCUUUGUCCACUGUCAACAGACAGUGUUCGUCGGGACUGCAGGCAGUGGCCAGCAUAGCAGGUGGCAUCAGAAAUGGGUCUUAUGACAUUGGCAUGGCCUGUGGGGUGGAGUCCAUGUCCCUGGCUGACAGAGGGAACCCUGGAAAUAUUACUUCACGCUUGAUGGACAAGGAGAAGGCCAGAGAUUGCCUGAUUCCUAUGGGGAUAACCUCUGAGAAUGUGGCUGAGCGGUUUGGCAUUUCACGGGAGAAGCAGGAUACCUUUGCCCUGGCUUCCCAGCAGAAGGCAGCAAGAGCCCAGAGCAAGGGCUGUUUCCAAGCUGAAAUUGUACCUGUGACCACCACGGUCCAUGAUGACAAGGGCACCAAGAGGAGCAUCACUGUGACCCAGGAUGAGGGUAUCCGCCCCAGCACCACCAUGGAGGGCCUGGCCAAACUGAAGCCUGCCUUCAAGAAGGAUGGUUCUACCACAGCUGGAAACUCUAGCCAGGUGAGUGAUGGGGCAGCUGCCAUCCUGCUGGCCCGGAGGUCCAAGGCAGAAGAGUUGGGCCUUCCCAUCCUUGGGGUCCUGAGGUCCUAUGCAGUGGUUGGGGUCCCACCUGACAUCAUGGGCAUCGGACCUGCCUACGCCAUCCCUAUAGCUUUGCAAAAAGCAGGGCUGACAGUGAGUGACGUGGACAUCUUCGAGAUCAAUGAGGCCUUUGCAAGCCAGGCUGCCUACUGUGUGGAGAAGCUACGACUCCCCUCUGAGAAGGUGAACCCUCUGGGGGGUGCAGUGGCCUUAGGGCACCCACUGGGCUGCACUGGAGCACGGCAGGUCAUCACGCUGCUCAACGAGCUGAAGCGCCGUGGGAAGAGGGCAUAUGGAGUGGUAUCCAUGUGCAUCGGGACUGGAAUGGGAGCCGCUGCUGUCUUUGAAUACCCUGGGAACUGAGUGAGGUCCCAGGCUGGAGGCGCUACGCAGACAGUCCUGCUGCUGUAGCAGCAAGGCAGCAACACUACAGAAGCAAAACCACAUGAGAAAACUCAGCACUGGUGGUGGUGGCAGUGGACAGAUCAAGGCACUUCAACUCAUUUGGAAAAUGUGAACACUGAUGACAUGGUAUAGGAGUGGGUAGGGUGUUGAGCCACGCAUCAGACCCUCUUUAGCUGUGCAAGACAAAAGCAGCCUGGGUCACCCAGGCCACAAGGUUAAUUCUUAGGGCAAGGCGAAUUCAUGGAUGAGAAGUGCAAUGGGCAUAGUAAAACUGCAUGAAUUUAUCUUA